AUGUGUGAUUUGAGGAGAAAGAGUCGUGCAAAGAUGGAAGAGCCCCAUGUUUUUGGGACAAAAUCAUUUGCUCGACUUGCUCACGAAGAGGCAUUGAAGAAUGGUGUAUACCCAACACGAGGACAAAUAUAUGUAAAAACCCGCACUCGUAAAAAUGGAAAUAUCAUCAAUGAAAAAGCCGCUCAAGUUAUGACUUCCCUACAAGCCAUUGCAAGCGAUUCCUCAAAUACCCAAGGAUCAAGUACCCUAGGAUCUGUAGAUGAUUUUUCAAAUGAUGACUACUCUAAAGUUAAAGGUCCUGAAAAAAGAGGGUAUAUCAGAUGUGUUGGAAGGAUGCCUACCGUAAAAGAGAAGGUUGUUUCUUGUUCUAAUGAUCCGAGUGUCGAACAACUAAAAACUAUGGUGAACGUUAUGGCGAAUAUCAUCCAAGAACAUAUCCCAAAUGCAAACUUGUCUGGAAUUCUUAGCAAUAUGAACAUACAAAUGUCAGGCAGCACUUCUACAGUUCCACACAACUCUAAUUCAGUUAACCAGAGAGCAUCUUCUGAAAGUCAUCAUAACGAUGGGAAUUGCUAG